AAUAAAGUCGUAUUUUUCAAACUUCGACUUCAAACGGAAGUUUGUGUUAGAUUUAAACCCAAUUUUUUCGUAGUGUUUGGCUGACUUAGCAAGUGGAUUUACUGAAUUUAAAAAUUACCAAUUACAAUACACUUUUGCAGAAUAAGAUCAAAUAUCUAAUUAAUGUUUUGGAUUUGGCAAAUUUUGAAGUUGGUGGUCGCAGGAGUUGUUCUUUUUAUUGACGCUGUGUUUUUAAUUUUGUAAAUUAAUAUAGUGUCAAUCAGACUGAGAGCAAAAUGUGCGAAACGAAUUUGAAAGUACACAUAACUUUAAUAGUUUUGUGUAUAACAUUGAGAGGAUUAUAUGCCAUAGAUGACUCGGUUCUUUUCUCCGUAACUCGAGCCCCUCGUUACUUCGGCAUCCUGCAAGACCACCGCGGCCAGCCGCUUUCAGUUGAAGUGUCUGAAGAGUACAUGGACCAGGAUUACAUAGCUACCAACAGGAAAAGGCACAAAAUUGACUGGAAUAAAAACCCUCUGGACAUGGAUGACUUUGACGACGACGACACAGAGGAGAUCUUUGACGAGAAAGACAAGGAUGUCAAAGUCCCAAACAAGUUCAAUUUACAAGCUGGUCCUGUGUAGAUGCAACUAUUAAGUUUGAAGAUUAAUUAGAUAUUUCAUAGGGGCUUUUUGUUAACUGAAUUAGAUAAUAAACUGAUAUUUAAAGAA